AUGUUCUCGGAAGAUUAUCUCUACAUCUGUAAUUCGCGAAGUUCCGAGGCAUGUGCGUUCGACGUGAAUUUAGAUCCUUCUCACGACGAAGAAAUGAUUUUGAUCGUUCCAUUUUUCUCAAAUAUCUCUCUCAACCUAUUCCCACGUACUGAGCCCAAAAAUAACCCGGAUCAUAUGGUGUCAGUGCAAAAAGAUGGAGCACGAAGCUCCAUCGAGCUACGCACGAAGGUGUUGGCUCGUUUCCCCGUUAGUAGCAGUGAGUUUCAACUGUGUCCCAUCGGAAGUGACGUCACUUGUCAGUCUGUUUACUGGCACACGUAUAGUAUUGUGUGUGCCUUGUGUGCCGUGGAUUUGGGAACUGGCGAAGGGGAAUAUGCGAGCGUGCUGCCAUGUGAAGUUCCUCGCGUGAAAGAGGGCGAAAAAGCGGAGAAUGAAAGACCUGAUGGCCUUCGCCGCUUGAAAUCGACUCGCAUGGCGCCGCUGCUCGGUGUGCUAGUGGCGGCAUUCGCGUUGGGCGUCGUCCUGACUGCCACAGGCGACCCUCACAACAACGGCCGCCUCGGACUCGACUGUGACUUUGAAGCCAAUUGCACGUGGAUCGCAGAACCCGCCGAUCGGUUCCUCAGCAUCAAUGGAGCCGGGCUCAAAGACCUGCUCAAAAAGCAUCGUUGGUUCGCCAAAGACGUCGGUGCUCCGUUUUUAGACCAUGCGGGCUCUUCUGAAGGCAAGUUUCUGCUGGCGAUCUUCCAACCGGAAGACGGGAAAAGAGCAGAUCCGAACCUGACUUUGUCGUUGAAAAGCCCGUUGUUGAAUUACACGGGCACCUGGUGCACCUUGUCCAUGUCUGUGCAUUGUUCCUGGGACGAAUCUCCCAUCAGAGUCGUGGUGCAGGACAGCGAACAGAAGACAGUGAUUGAUUUUGGCCUGCACAACAAACUCGGGCAGACUUCCGUCAACAAGUGUCUUCAUGCAGGAAUCACCAAUACUUUGAUGAAAGCUCGCGCUGUAUUUGUAAAAUUUUCAUUGAAGGAAGGUUCCGUGCCGCAACGAAAAAUAUGGAGCACAAUGAGUACCCAGAUCAGUCAUCACAGACAGCCCUUUAGGAUCUUAUUGGAAGUGUCGAUGCCGCCACAAAACAAGAUGAAACAGGUCAAUCACGUUGCCGUGGACAAUAUUCGCUUCGAGCACUGCUCAGAUGAUGCACCGCAGAAAAAGUGCGUUCCUCCGCGGGAUUUCGUGUGUGAAAACGGAAGAUGCAUUUCCAGCGAUCAUGUGUGUGAUUUGGUGAAAGACUGUCCUAACGGAGAGGAUGAAAGAGAAGGAUGUGAUGGAAUGCCUGAGAACACGAGGUGUGACUUUGAAACUGGUCUCUGUGGGUGGCGGAACCAGACGAAUGCGAUGGGGGUUUGGGCGUUGAAGCAGACUGGGCAUUACUUGGCUGCCAGGAAAAUGCCGUUGUACGAUCACACUUUCCAAAACGAGUCAGGGCAUUGUUUGAUCUAUGAUGAACCCUCUGAUGGGAAAUUUGGUGCGAAGUCGAUUGUCUGGUCAGAUACAUUCCGACCUGUACCUUAUUACCAUGCCCUGAACACCUCGUCAUACUUUGAGUCCUGCAAGGUGAGAUUUUAUUACUUUCUCGCUGGGCAAAACGUUGGAGCUCUGAGUCUACACGUGACAUCCGAGGGCCAGAACAAGUCGCUCGAAGUCUGGUCCCAUCAACAGGAAACCAAGGACAGGUGGCUCAGGGCCACUUUUCCGCUUCCGGUCACUCUCCGGAAGAAGUAUCAUUUAGAAUUUCUGGCUCAACGAGGACUGCGUCAUAAUUCCAUUUUGGCAGUUGAUGAUAUUUCUCUGAGUCCUGAGUGCUUCGGAGUUGGUGUGCCUGAGAAUGAGACUAGAACUUGGCCGCAAUCGCAUAUGGAUUCUCCGGAAACUGCGUUAGAAUUCAGAUUCUCGACAUGUGGUGCCAACGGUCGGCUCGGACCGAACCAGGAAAGCUGUGCCAUGAGUUACGCUGGCACCUGGACCCGAGUCAGUCUGAACCAGGGCAACUUUUCGGGCAUUCAACUAUGGAAAACCCCGCACACGGGUUAUUAUACUAUAAUAGCCAAGGGGGCCAGUGGAGGCCUGGGUUCUGGGAACCUGGUUCACCCGAAAAGCAGAGGCGCCGUCGUGACGACUGUGGUGUAUUUGGUGGCGGACCAGCCGCUGCACAUCUUGGUGGGACAGGAGGGCCUGGAUGGGCCAGAUGUGAAUGCCCGGAGGCAGUUGAUGAUGGUGCUCAGGAAGCAGGGUAUAAAUGAGACUUCUAGUGAUGGUGCCGGUGGUGGGGGUGGUGGUGGUACUUUCAUCUUCCAGGUGCACGGAAAGGUUGCCUCCAGGUCAUCCAAGGCAAUUCCGCCAUUUUCAUCAACAGCCGCCUUCACAGCCGCCACUUUGGCGGCUGUUGAUGAAAAUGGCGGAAUUACUUUGGAAGACCUGGAGGCAACCCUUGAAAUUAAUGCCAUGCUGAUUUCAAGAAUUCUGAGGGGAAAGCUGGGCUACAACAAAAAUAAAUCUGCAGGAAGGGCGCCUCAUCUUAUGAGUGGAGAGCAAAAUUCUGCCAGGAUAUUUGUUUUUGUGUAUGACGUGGCGUUUCCUACGCUGCGUUGUACUUUCUGUGCCUCUCCUGUUCCUGCGCUGCGGGCGACAUCUAGUCAACCUGCGACAAGAGCCAGUUCAGCAGGUGUGGGGAAACGUUUGGGGCAUUCAGCAGGCAAGGAUUUGUAUUCACUACACUCAAUGGACCCCAGCAGCGCAACGGACCGGAACGGGAAUAAAGAGGAAUGGGUUACGCGGAAUAUUUCGGGAAGGAAGAAAAAAAAAAGGUGGUCAUUCGUUGAUGAGCUUCCUGAACUCCAUGAGGCUGCGCUGGAUCUUCUCCAGACUGAUUUCCAUGGCAGCCCUGAGGGCCUUGUUGGUCGCCUCGGGGUUCUUGGGGUUCCGGAAAAAGGCCGCGCGGAGGUGCUUCAUUUCCUCGCGGUGGGAGUGGAAAUCGCGAAAGAGGUUCCCCGGCGGGUCCCUGCCCUCGAUGAACUCGCAAAUGGUGGCGGUCGUCCAGGCCAACAGCCCGCCGUCGCCCCAGGCCUGUUCCAACAGGGACGCGUAGAAAACAAGCGGCAGGGUGAAAGCAAUCAAGUCUCACGUAGGUCAGAGUUGAUGAUCUGGACUUCGCGCCCAGCACCUCCGCCGGAUUGCAAAUCGCCGAUGUUUUGCGCCCUCAGUUCGUAUUGCGCUUUGCGUUGGCGUUCGCGAAUUAUCCGGCCGAUGAGAAUUUCGCACUGUCGCGCUGCCGAUUUCACCUCGUCUUUCAGAGCGUUGAUUUCCCGGUCCGUUAGAUCCGGUGGAGGCGGUGGAACAGCAGCUUCAUCAAAAUUGAAGAUAUUGUAUCCGGAUGCCUUGUUUGUGAAAGCCCUCGUUACUCGAAAAAAAAUGCUAGUUUUAAUUGAUUUGUCGGGAGGACCGAAGACANGUUGGCGUUCGCGAAUUAUCCGGCCGAUGAGAAUUUCGCACUGUCGCGCUGCCGAUUUCACCUCGUCUUUCAGAGCGUUGAUUUCCCGGUCCGUUAGAUCCGGUGGAGGCGGUGGAACAGCAGCUUCAUCAAAAUUGAAGAUAUUGUAUCCGGAUGCCUUGUUUGUGAAAGCCCUCGUUACUCGAAAAAAAAUGCUAGUUUUAAUUGAUUUGUCGGGAGGACCGAAGACAUUCUACUUCUCUAGGUCUCACUUGGAAGGGUACUCCUCGCAUUCUCCUCCUUCAUCCUCCUCCGCACCACUGACGAGCCUCUUUGGCUUCUCUGCCGUGAAAGUCUCUUGGCUCUGCGUCUCGCCUGCUGCUGCGUCAGCCAUGACGGUCGGUCAGCGCAGAAAUGUUGCUGAUGACGAUGCGAGAUUAUGA